UUUCCACACCCCUCCCCCCACCCCCCUGCGUCCUCUCCAGCCCCUGGCGCUCGCCUCCUGUUCCUCGCCGCAGAGUUCAGCCCCGGCAGCGGUAAGGGUGACUCGCCAGCAACAGAUGCCGGGCGCCAAGAUUUGCAUCCUUAAGCCACGCUGAACGCCAGAAGAAGAGAGAAGGAAGCAGAGAAGGGUCGGGAAGGCGGGGACGGGAGGUGCGGAAAUCCCCUCCUAAAAGGCAGAAGCCGUCGCCCGCCCCGGAGAGCGCCGCGCCGGCUGAUCGCCAGCUUGCUGCCGCUGCCACGAGCGCCCGCCUCUCCCCAGCCAUGCCAGGCCCGGCCGCCGGCGAGGGGAAGGUCCCCUUCCGCAACGCCAAGGAGGAAAUCCGUGUGGGCUUCGGGGUCCAGGGCUCGGAGGGCGGCGGCGGCGGCGGUCGGGAGAAGCCCGGCGCGCGCGGGCAGCGGCAGGACAUCGUCUGGAGGAACGUCUUCCUGAUGAGCCUGCUCCACUUGGGGGCCGUGUACUCCCUGGUGCUCAUUCCCAAAGCCCAGCCGCUCACUCUGCUCUGGGCCUACUUCUGCUUCCUCCUGACUGCUCUGGGUGUGACAGCUGGUGCCCAUCGCUUGUGGAGCCACAGGUCCUACAAGGCCAAGCUGCCCCUGAGGAUAUUUCUGGCCGCUGCCAACUCCAUGGCUUUCCAGAACGACAUCUUCGAGUGGUCCAGGGACCACCGAGUCCACCACAAGUACUCGGAGACGGACGCUGAUCCCCACAACGCCCGCCGGGGCUUCUUCUUCUCCCAUAUCGGGUGGCUGUUUGUCCGCAAGCAUCGGGAUGUUAUCGAGAAGGGGAGGAAGCUUGACGUCACCGACCUGCUGGCUGAUCCUGUGGUCCGGUUCCAGAGAAAGUACUACAAGAUCAGCGUGGUGCUCAUGUGCUUCAUGGUCCCCACACUGGUGCCCUGGUGCAUCUGGGGAGAGAGUCUGUGGAAUUCCUACUUCCUGGCCUCCAUCCUCCGCUACACCAUCUCACUCAAUGUCACCUGGCUGGUCAACAGUGUCGCCCACAUGUACGGAAACCGGCCCUAUGACAAGAACAUCAGCCCUCGGCAGAACCCGCUCGUCACCCUGGGUGCCAUCGGUGAAGGCUUCCAUAACUACCAUCACACCUUUCCCUUUGACUACUCUGCGAGUGAAUUUGGCUUAAAUUUCAACCCAACCACCUGGUUCAUUGACUUCAUGUGUUGGCUGGGACUGGCCACUGACCGCAAACGGGCAACCAAGCCGAUGAUCGAAGCCCGGAAAGCCAGAACUGGAGAGGGCAGCGCCUGACCCUGGAAGCGCUAUCCACAUCCGCUGUCAACGCCUCGGUUCAUGGCCUUUGUUACUACAGUUCUCUUGUUCAUUGGAUCGUGGGAGGGGGUACAGGGUGGGGAGGGAACGGAGUCUACGCGGUUUGGGAAUUUUUUGUUUGUCUCAAACUAAUGUCAAGAUACAACUCUCAAUGAAAAUAAUUUUUUAAAAGUCAGUGUAACUAUGAUUUAACACUAGAACGUAGACAUGUGAUUUAAUCGCUGUAGCUACAAUAUGUCAAACAUACAUCGUCAUGUGCUUGUACGAGAUGUUAACCCUGACAGGAUGAAGGAAUUUAAUAUUCUUUCAGUGUGAUUCAGGAGAGCCUUGUUUUCUUUUUCUACCAGUUAACCCAACGUUAUUUUUAAACAGGCUAUCUGAAGGAGCAGAGAGGCAGGGUAGAAGACAAAAGAGAGGGUCUAAAUAGUAAAGAAUGUUUGUGUUUUGUAAUUACUGUGUGUUUGUGUUUUGUUAUUUUUAAGGAAGAGAAUUGAAAACGUAAAAAAAUGACAGCACAGGAAAUGGCUCUCUUAUUUUUUUGCCCUGUUUCCAGCUUGUCAAUGCUCCACUGUCUUUGCUUCAAGAGAUCUGUUCACUGCUCAGCUAGUUUUGUGUCCCGAGCUGUACACCCAGCUGACCCUAUAAGUCAGUUCCUGUUUUAAGUGUUUGAUUUUGUUCUCUUUGCUAUUGUCAUUUUAAGGUGUAUAACUCAGAAGUGCCAGACAUCAAAUUAAGCUCAAAUGAAACUCUCAUUUAAAUGUUUAGACACCUAAUUUAUAUUCUAAUUGAUCCCAGCCACUGAUGCAUGUACUUUACCUACUUCUGCUAAAUAAGCAUAUUAAUUUUCUACACCAGGCAAUCAGAUCUUAAUAACCAAUAGUUAUCUAGAACUCAGUGUCUACAAAUGUUUCACCUGCAUGCAGCCUUCACUGAACUUGCAGCAAGACAUAAAGUGACCAUUAUGUAGCUUCUGGAUUUAAGAAAAAUUUGUGUGUUAAGUUGCCUUGUAAAGAGCAUGCCAAAUUAAUGGGACAGCGUUCCGCUUUGUGUUAGAUGUUAGAGCAAAAGAAAGCCUUAUAGUGUUGGCAUCAGAGCACUUCGAACAUAGUGCUUCAAAGAUAGGGAAGAUGUAGGGUUUAAAUUUAAAUUUUAAAUUUUUGAAAAAGAGGUGAUGCCAAUAAGAAAUUGUCAUAAUAAAGUACUUCAUCCAGCAGGUGUUUUUGCCAUUUAUAAUGUGUAAACUAUGAGUGAUUUACAAUAAAUGAUUAUGAAUUCA